AUGGAAACAAAUGGGUUGGCUUGUAGGGAAGCAAAUGCUCGAAGAAGGAGUGGAAUGAGCGACAAUGAUGUUGAGAAAGAAGCUCAUUCCAUUUACGAAGUAGGUGGAAGCAAGUUUGUAGACUUGGUUGUAUUUAAUGAAGUUAUGAGUAAACAUCCCAAAUGGAAUGUUCAUGAUACCACCCAUGUUUUUCAUCGUCAAAGUGAAGAUGUUGAUGACCAGCAAAGUGGUGGCAGUUCAAAAAGAUCAAAGACUUCAGAAGAUGGGAGAUUUUCUAUCCCUUCUAAUCCAGAAACUCCAACAUCUGAACAAUCAACUGCGACUCGUCCCAUUGGAAGAUAUAAGGCAAAAAGGAAAGGUAAAGGUAAGGUCUCACAAUCUGAAUGUACUCAUGAAUCUGCUGUUGCUGCAGAAAUUCGUGCAAUGAGACUCACUAGAGAUGUCGAAGCUGAGUUAAUAAAGACUCGAAUCGAACUGGAGCGCGAGAAGUUGCAAAGAAAUGCAAUGAAGAUGAAAGAGAAAAUGUUGCUUCAAUUGUUGGCGAAAAAGCACUUAUCUCCAGAAGACGAAGAGAUGAAACGAAAUCAAAUUCCAACAGCCAAUAGGAGAUAUUGUGAUAGGGAACGUGAGUUUGGUGCAGAGCGUUUGAUCAACAACUACUUCAGUGACAGCCCAACGUAUACUCCAGAAAUCUUCCGGCGGAGAUUUCGCAAGCAGAAACCGCUAUUCAUUCGAAUAGUGGAAGCUGUUACUACUAAUGAUGAGUUUUUUCAACAGAGACGAGAUGCCACCGGCAGAAUAGGUCUUUCAUCAUUGCAGAAAUGUACUGGAGCCAUGAGGGUAUUGGCAUAUGGCACAUCUUCCGAUGUUGUCGAUGAGUAUCUACGAAUGAGUUCAUCUUCCACAAGAGAUGCUUUAGUUCAUUUUGUGGAAGGUGUUAUUUCUUGUUUCGGUGGUACGUAUCUCAGAAGGCCUAAUGAACAAGAUUUGGCAAGGCUACUCUAUGUUGGAGAACAACGUGGUUUCCCAGGCAUGAUUGGCAGUAUUGAUUGCAUGCAUUGGGAGUGGAAAAAUUGUCCUAAUGUAUGGGCCGGCCAAUAUACUGGGAGAAGUGGAAAACCAACGAUCAUUUUGGAAGCUGUUGCUUCAUACGACUUGUGGAUAUGGCAUGCGUUCUUUGGAAUACCAGGUUCGUGCAAUGAUAUUAAUGUACUCCAUCGAUCUCCUAUUUUUAAUGAUGUCUUAGAAGGUCGAACACCAAAGGUUAAUUACGUAGUGAAUGGUCGUCAUUAUGAUAGGGCAUAUUAUUUAACUGAUGGUAUAUACCCUAUAUACCCUUCAUGGGCUGUAUUUGUCAAGUCAAUUACUUCCCCACAGAUCCGCAAACACAAGUUGUUCGCUCAACACCAAGAGUCUGUCCGAAAAGAUGUUGAGCGAGCAUUUGGAGUUCUACAAGCUCGAUUUGCAUUUCUACGACGCCCAUGUCUUGUUUGGGACAAAGUUUUGAUGGGAAAAAUUGUGAUGGCUUGUAUCAUCAUGCAUAAUAUGAUAGUCGAGGAUGAACGAGAUACCUACCAAAAUUAUUAUGAUCCAACAGAAUUUUUUAUGGAUACACCUACAAGAGUACAAACAGAAGAUGGCGAACAUUUUCGCUAUUCUACUGAACGUAUUGCGAGCUUGUCUACUUAUAUGACUAAUAGAGAUCAACUUCGCAAUAGAGAAGCUCAUAGGAAUCUUCAAUGUGAUUUGAUUGAGCACGUAUGGGAAAAAUUUGGCACUGGCAAUUAAAUAUGUAAUUUGCAUUUUCUAAUUGUAUUUUUAAAUUUCACGUAUUGUACUUUGAUAUAUUUAAUUUCAGUUGUAUGUUUAAUUCUUGUAAUCUUCCUUUGUGAUUGAGUUAAAUAUCAAUUAUAAUAUAGGACAAUGUUUAAUUAUAAUAUAAUUACAAUUUUUAAAAAAUAUAU